AUGAGUGGUUAUGAGGAGGAAGAGGACAGAGCCCAGUCUCCAGUGUUCAGCUGUGAGUCUCUGAAGAGUAACUGGUCCAAAGACUUUCCUCCAGACUUCAGUAAUGAACGUGGACCCUCACACACAAAGGAGAGGGAGAGGAGUCAUGUUUCUGAGGAGGAGCAGUCGUCCUUCUGUGCUUCGUGUCAGGAUGUCCUGAAGGAUCCAGUCUCCACCAGCUGUGGACACUGGUUCUGCAGACAGUGCAUCACCUCAUACUGGGACCAGUCUGGUUCUUCAGGAGACUCCUCCUGUCCCCAGUGUGGACAAAGAUCCAGAACAGGAGCUGGAGCUCAGACAGCCUCAGAUCGUGGUCUGCAGGAGGUUUUGGAUGAACAUAAGCUCAGUGUGAGGAGGAGAUGUGAACACGUGACUGAAGGAAGUGAUGAAACAGGAAGUAGAACCCUCCUCAACAGGAUCUACACUGAGCUCUACAUCACAGAGGGACAGAGUGAAGAGGUUAAUACUCAACAUGAGGUGAGGCAGCUUGAGACGGCUUCCAAGAAGAAGAUCCUCCACGACACUCCCAUCAGGUGCCACGACAUCUUUAAAGCCUCCACUGACCAGCAGAGAGGCAUCAGAGUCGUCUUGACCAACGGCGUCGCUGGCGUUGGAAAAACCUUCUCGGUGCAGAAGUUCACUCUGGACUGGGCAGAGGGUUUAGAAAACCAGGAUGUGGGUCUGCUGACUGUGCUUUCGUUCAGGGAGCUGAACCUGGUGAAGGACCAGCAGCACAGUCUCCUCACGCUGCUCCGUGUUUUCCAUCCAGCGUUACAGAAGCUCACGGCAGAGACGCUCGCUGUCUGUAAACCUUUGUUCAUCUUUGACGGCCUGGAUGAAAGCAGAACUUCUCUGGACUUCAACCACAGGGAGCUUGUGUCUGAGGUCACACAGAGGUCAUCAGUCAACGUGCUGCUGACAAACCUCAUCCAGGGGAAUCUGCUUCCCUCGGCUCUCGUCUGGAUAACCUCCAGACCUGCGGCGGCCAAUCAGAUCCCUCCUGCAUGUGUUGACAGGGUCACAGAAGUACGAGGAUUCACUGACGCCCAGAAGGAGGAGUACUUCAGGAGGAGAUUCAGUGAUGAAGAGCUGUGCAGCAGAAUCAUCUCACACAUCAAGACGUCCAGGAGCCUCCACAUCAUGUGUCAAAUCCCAGUCUUCUGCUGGAUCAGUGCUACAGUUCUGGAGCACAUGUUGACCACAGACCAGAGAGGAGAGCUGCCCAAGACCCUGACUGACCUGUACUCACACUUCCUGCUGGUUCAGACAAAGAGGAAGAACAACAAGUACGGUGAGGGACAUGAGACGACUCCACAGCAGCUGAAGAAGGCUGACAGGGACGUUCUCCUGAAGCUGGGGAGGCUGGCACUUAAACAUCUGGAGGAAGGAAACAUCAUGUUCUACCAAGAAGACCUGGAGCGGUGUGGUCUUAAUGUCACAGAGGCCUCGGUGUACUCAGGAGUUUGUACUGAGAUCUUCAGAAGAGAGUGUGUGAUCUUCCAGAAAUCAGUCUACUGCUUUGUUCAUCUGAGCGUUCAGGAGUUCCUGGCUGCAGUCUACAUGUUCCACUGCCACACCAAGAGGAACACAGAAGAACUCAAGAACUUAUUGGGAACAUAUUGGAACACAUGGGGUACCUUCUCCCUGGAUGACCUCCUGAAGAGAACCAUGGAGAAAUCCCUCACCAGUACAAAUGGUCAUCUGGACCUGUUUGUUCGCUUCCUUCACGGCCUCAGUCUGGAGUCCAACCAGAGAGUCUUAGGAGGCCUGCUGGGUCGGACAGAGAACAAUCAAAAUAUCAUCCAGAGAGUCUUAGGACGCCUGCUGGGUCGGACAGAGACCAAUCCAGAGAUCAUCCAGAGAGUCAUCAACAACCUAAAGGAGAUGCAGAGUGAUGACAUUUCUCCUGACAGAAGCAUCAACAUCUUCCACUGUCUGACUGAGAUGAACGACCACUCAGUUCAUCAGCAGAUGCAACAGUUCCUGACGUCAGAGAACAGAUCGAAGGAGAAACUCUCUGAGAUCCACUGCUCAGCUCUGGCCUACAUGCUGCAGAUGUCAGAGAAGGUUCUGGAUGAGUUGGACCUGAAGAAGUUCAACACAUCAUACCAGGGUCGAUGGAGACUGAUCCCAGCUGUGAGGAACUGCAGGAAGGCUCGACUCGCUGGUUGUCGACUCUCAGAGACUCACUGUGAAGUCGUGGCCUCAGCUCUGAUGUCAGACCCCUCACAUCUGAGAGAACUGGAUCUGACAGAAAACGAGCUGCAGGAUUCAGGAGUGAAGCUGCUGUGUUCUGGACUGGAGAGUCCAAACUGUCGACUGGAGACUCUGAGGUUGUGGAGCUGCAGUCUGUCAGAGAUCAGCUGUUCUUCUCUGGCUUCAGCUCUGAGGUCAAACCCCUCUCAUCUGAGAGAACUAAAUCUGAGUCUAAACGUCCUGCAGGGUUCAGGAGUGAAGGAGCUGUGUGGUUUUCUACAGAGUCCAACCUGUCGACUGGAGACUCUGAGGUUGUGGAGCUGCAGUCUGUCAGAGAUCGGCUGUUCUUCUCUGGCUUCAGCUCUGAGGUCAAACCCCUCUCAUCUGACAGAACUGGAUCUGACCGACAACAAGCUGCAGGACUCAGGAGUGAAGGAGCUGUGUGGUUUUCUACAGAAUCCAACCUGUCGACUGGAGACUCUAAGGUUGAAGGACUGCAGUCUGUCAGAGAUCAGCUGUUCUUCUCUGGCUUCAGCUCUGAGGUCAAACCCCUCUCAUCUGAGAGAACUGGAUCUGAGAGGAAACAACUUGCAGGACUCAGGAGUGAAGGAGCUGCUUGAUCUACAGCAGAGUCCAACCUGUCGACUGGAGACUCGUCAGGAGCUCAGUCUGGAGAGCGGCUGGGACUCGAACCCUCCUCCUACCGACACACUGCAGCCAGGGGGAGGAGUGAAGCUGAGGAAUGCAGCUCUUCUGGAUCCACCGCCUGACAAGUGA